AUGGGUGGCAACUACUAUGGAAACUCCUGUGGGGGUUGUGGAUACGGCUCUGGUUGUGGCUCUGGAUCUGGCUGCAGCUCUGGCUGUGGAUACGGCUCUGGCUGUGGCUAUGGCUCUGGCUGUGGCUAUGGCUCUGGCUGCGGCUAUGGCUCUGGCUGCAGCUCUGGCUAUGGAAAUAGAUCUGGCUGUGGCUCUGGCUGUGGAUAUGGCUCUAAAUGUGGAUAUGGCUCCCGUUAUGGCUGUGGAUAUGGCUGUGGAUAUGGCUCCCGCUAUGGCUGUGGAUAUGGCUCUGGAUCCUGUAGCUACCGACCACUUUGCUACAGAAAAUCCUAUUCCUCUUGCUGA